GUCGAACGUCACCUGUCAUCUGUUCAACGCUACAGCGCAGCCGGCGUGAGUCCCUGAUGAUGCUGAGCUCAUACUAUGACUCCAUGUGACAUCACCCGGCAGAUUAUCGUAAUAUCUAGACACUAAUAUUAAUAAUGUUCCGUCAGGCCAAAGCGGUGGCGCGGAAGCUGCGAUGUCUCAGCAGCUUCGGACCGCAGACCGCCUGGAGACUCCAGAGCACGUCGGCCCGGGAGAGGGCUCUGCUCUACCGGCCAGGGCAGAGUAUCGAGGGCUUCACGGUGAAAGAGGUGGUGGCGGUGCCUGACCUGUUUCUGACCGCCGUCAAACUGACCCACGACCGGACCGGAGCCCAGUACCUCCACGCCGCCAGAGAUGACUCCAACAACCUCUUCAGUGUCAUGUUGCGGACCACCCCCCGGGACAGCACGGGGGUCCCCCACAUCCUGGAGCACACGGUGCUGUGUGGCUCCGAGAGGUUCCCCUGCAGAGACCCCUUCUUCAAGAUGCUCAACCGCUCCCUCUCCACCUUCAUGAACGCCUUCACCGCCAGUGACUACACCAUGUACCCGUUCUCCACCCAGAACUCCAAGGACUUCCAGAACCUUCUGUCUGUCUACCUGGACGCCGUGUUCUUCCCCUGCCUCCGCGAGCAGGACUUCAGACAGGAGGGGUGGAGGCUGGAGAACGAGGACCCCCAGGACCUCAACUCUCCGCUGGUCUUUAAGGGCGUGGUCUUCAACGAGAUGAAGGGAGCCUUCUCGGACAGCGAGCGUGUGUACGGCCAGCAGCUGCAGAACAAGCUGUUCCCCGACCACACCUACUCCGUGGUGUCGGGGGGAGAGCCGCUGGACAUCCCCGACCUCACCUGGGAGGAGCUCCGGCGCUUCCACGCCACGCACUACCACCCUAGCAACGCCAGGUUCUUCACCUACGGAGACCUGCCCCUGGAGCAGCACCUGCAGCAGAUCCAGCAGGAGGCGCUGUCCCGCUUCGACCGCACAGAACCCGACACACACGUCCCCCCGCAGCCCGCCUGGACCAGCCCGAAAGAGGACCAUGUGACCUGUGGUCCAGACCCCCUGGCCCCGGACCCCAGCAAGCAAAGCACCGUGUGUGUGAGCUACCUGCUUGGGGACAUCACAGACACCUUUGAGGCCUUCACCCUCAGCCUGCUGUCUUCUCUGCUGAUGUCCGGGCCCAACUCCCCCUUCUACCGCGCGCUGCUGGAGCCCAAGAUCGGGAGCGACUUCUCCUCCGUCGUAGGGUACGACGGCAGCACGCGGCAGGCCUCGUUCAGCGUGGGGCUCCAGGGGACGGCGGAGGAGGACGUGGAGAAGGUCAAACACAUCAUCAGCCAAACCCUCAGGGAGGUCAUCGCGACGGGCUUUGAGGAGGAGCGUGUGGAGGCUCUGCUCCAUAAGAUCGAGAUCCAGAUGAAGCAUCAGUCCACCAGCUUCGGCCUCUCCCUGGCCUCGUACAUCGCGUCGUGCUGGAACCACGACGGAGACCCCGUGGAGCUGCUGAACAUCGGGGAGCUGGUCUCCAGGUUCAGACGCUGCCUCAAGGAGGACCCCCGCUACCUCCAGGAUAAGGUCCAGCACUACCUCCAGGACAACCCCCACAGACUGACCCUGUCCAUGAGCCCGGACCAGGCCUACCUGGAGAAGCAGGUCCUGGCCGAGCAGGAGAAGCUCCAGAGGAAGACCGAGGCGCUGACGGAGGGAGACCGCCAGGAGAUCUACCUCAAGGGUCUGGAGCUGCUGGAGGCUCAGAGUCAGGCCCAGGACGCGUCCUGCCUGCCCGCCCUCCAGGUGUCUGACAUCCAGCGCACCACCCCUACCACGCCCGUGGAGAUGGGCACCGCAGGGGGCGUGGCCGUGCAGUACUGCGAGCAGCCGACCAAUGGGAUGCUGUACUUCCGGUCCAUGUGCAGUCUGAACACGUUGCCAGAGGAGCUGAAGGUCUACGUUCCUCUGUUCUGCAGCGUCCUCACCCAGCUGGGCUGCGGCUCUCUGGACUACCGGCAGCAGGCCCAGCAGAUGGAGCUCAAGACGGGGGGGAUGUCCGUUUCCCCACUGGUGAUCCAGGACUCCGCCCACCUCGACAUGUACGAACAGGGCGUCCUGCUCUUCUCCUCCUGUCUGGAGCGCAACGUUCCUGACAUGUUCGGCCUGUGGAGCGACAUCUUCAACAGCCCUCACUUCGACGACGAGGAACGCCUGCGCGUGCUCGUGAUGAUGUCAGCGCAGGAGCUGGCCAAUGGGAUCUCCUACUCGGGUCACAUGUACGCCAUGACGCAGACGGGGCGGAGCCUGACCCCGGCCGGGGGGCUGCAGGAGACGUUUGGGGGGAUGGAGCAGGUGAAGUUCAUGAAGAGGAUAGCGGAGAUGUCGGACCUCGGCCCGGUCCUACGCGCCCUUCCUCGGAUCAAGAAGCACAUCCUGAACCCUGACAACAUGAGGUGUGCGGUGAACGCGACGCCUCAGAAGAUGUCCGCCGCGGCGGGACAGCUGGAGUCCUUCAUGAAGGACGUCGCCGGAAACAGACGCUCACACAAGACCACCACCCCCCACAUCGUAGAGCGGCUGGUUGAAGACUCUGACGCCAGCAGGAAGCUGGUCUCGGAAGUGGGGUUCCAGCCGUGCCAGAUGAAGACCUUUUUCCCGAUGGCGUUCCCCGUCAACUUCGUCAGCGAGAGCAUCCGCACCGUGCCGUUCACACACGCCGACUACGCCAGUCUGUACAUCCUGGCCAGGAUGAUGUCGGCCAAGUACCUCCACGGGGAGAUCAGAGAGAAGGGCGGGGCCUACGGCGGCGGAGCCCGGAUGGGAGGCGGCCUCUUCUCCUUCUACUCAUACAGGGACCCUAACUCGGUGCAGACGCUGUCGGCGUUCCGCAGGGGGGUCGACUGGGCGCGCUCCGGUUCCUUCUCCCAGCAGGACAUUGACGAGGCCAAGCUGUCCGUGUUCUCCGCUGUUGACUCCCCCGUGGCGCCCUCCGACAAAGGUAUGGGUCGCUUCCUGAACGGGAUGACGGACGAAGUGCGGCAGGCCCACCGCGAGAGGCUGUUCGCCGUGUCGCAGAAGGAGCUGGUGGACGUAGCGUCCAGGUACCUCGGCGUCGGCCAGCAGACCAGCGCGGCCGCCAUCUUGGGCCCAGAGAAUGAGAGCAUAAAGAAGGACCCAUCUUGGAUCAUCAAAUAACUGCUCCAUUUCAGAGACUAUUUAUGUACUUCUAAAUUCUGUCACCUUUCAGAUCGUUUCAUAAUCCGUUAAAAUGUCCGCCGUUUACAUUUGAUCAAGCUUUUGAUGAGUGACUGAACGCACACAAGUUAUUUUAUAUUGAUGUAGAUAUACAAUGUUAAUUUCUGUUUGGUAUUCAUGGAAACCAAGUAAUCAUGUUGAAUAAACGUAUAAAAAAAACCUGC